AUGGGAGAUCCCUUCGGCCGCUGGAGCAGCAGCCCCUCCCGGAGCGAAUAUGACGACAGGACCCCGCUCCGACAUUCCAACAGCUUCGUCCGCCUCACCGGGAAGAGCAUCUACAACCAGCGCAAGGACUACGGGCAGACCCUGCUCAAGCUCCAGAAUGAUUUCCAGUACCACGUUGAGCACCUGCUGACGAUGCCCCUGGAGCGGGAGCUCCGCAGCGCCGAGGAUUGCCUGGGGCGCCUGCGGGACCUGGAGGAGCAGGGGCGGGUCUGGGGGCAGGAUGUCAUCCUGGAAGUCAAGGACCAGGAGCUGGUGCUGAGCGAUGUGGAGAGCAAGGAGGAGCUGGAGGCUUUCCCGCUGGGAAGCGUGCAGGGAUGCUCGGCCGGGCUGGACAACGCCGUGCUGGCCGUCAGCGUCCAGGAGAGGAACCCGCCGAGAACCAGCGUGCUGCUCUUCCAGUGCGAGCGGCUGGGGGCAGAGACGCUGAGGAGCAGCCUGGAGAAGGUGUUGAGGCAGAGGAAGGAGGAGCAGAGCAAUCACUACGGGCACAGGUAUGGGGGAGUUGUGGGUCGGAGCCACCGGUACGUGACGGACCCCGCUCCCUCCGAGCUGCUGCGCCUCAUCUUCUCAGCUCUGUCCUUCGUCCUUGACCACUGCCCCAGCCCCGGGCUGGCCGCGGCCGUGCAGAGCCCGCUGCUGCUGCCCGAGGCGCUGGACUUCCUCGAGGAGAACCUGGGCGAUGAUGACUACGGCGUCUGGAAGAGCCUCGGCACCGCCUGGAACAAGUCCAGGGCCGAGUACCCCAACGGCGCCCUGGUACCCGCGUACAUCCCGGUUUUUUCGGACGGGUGGCUGCCCCCCGUGAUGGAGCAGGAGCGCCGCGGGGGCUUUCAGGACACCGCGCCGCCUGCCUCAGUUUCCCCAGCUCACCCGCGAUGCCGUUCCCCGUCCCUGCCCCCCGCACAGGCACCGGCCACCGGCUGGAGGGACCAUCCCGGCCAAGAGUCCCCGCUCCCUGCCCGGGGGCUGGUCCGAGCCCUGUACGACUUCCAGGCCAGGAACUCGCAGGAGCUGAGCGUCAGGAAGGGGGACACGCUGCAGGUCCUGGACCAGCAGAGGAAGUGGUGGCUGGUGCAGGACGAGCGGGGGGACAGGGGACACGUCCCUGGCAACAUCCUGGAGCCCCUCCCGGAGCUGGGGCACAGCGCCAGACAGGACAGUCCCCCCAGCCUGCACCCCAGCUCCUCGCCGGCAGAGGUGACGGCCUGGCUGAUGGACAAGGGCUUCUCGCGGAUCACGGUGCGGACCCUGGGCGUGCUGCGGGGCCAUGAGCUGCUGCAGAUGAGCCCGGCCGAGCUGCGAGGUGUCUGUCCCGAGGAGUGGCGCAGGGUCCUCUUCAAGCUGUCCCCCAUCAGGACAUCCCUGGGGAUCGGUCCCAGGGACUGAGCCACGGAAGCCACGCCGAUGUCCCCAUCAUGUCCCCGCCCCGGAUAGAGCACCCUGGGAACGGCUGGACCUGGGGGCGAA